GAUAGAGCUUCGUGAAACAGCAACAGCCCAUACGACUCCAUGCCGGUCCCUUUCGAAGCACUCAUCCCGUAUGGGAUCAUCAUUGCCAUGUUCGGAAUAACUGGAACUGGUCUUGCUAUCGUCAAGGGAAUUGAGAACGGAGGAAAGAAGCCACGCUUUGGGUUGGAUCAGUGGGAUAAGCAAAUGAUGGAUCGGGACCGCCGCUUGACAGGAAACCUACGAGGCCAAACCGAUACCCCAGUUGCACCUACAGGUUUCGAGUUAAACAAUCCCUGGAGGCUGGAGAAAAGGAUCUCGUAGCCGAAACUGGCACAUCGAAUCCAUGCAGGCGCCAUAUAUGCGGAGAACUGAAGGACGAUGCAUCGCCCGAGGUAUGGACCUCGUGACAGGUCCCACGACGUACGAUGAUGGAGUCUUUUU